ACAAUCAGCAGAUAUAAUGCAGCAAAGAUCUCGGAAUGUCAACGUAGUCUCUGCAAUAUGAAACUGGGUUUGAAAGGUUUGAGAGACCGAGCCGCUCAAGUACCCCGUGACUAUGUCUUAGGUCCUGCGUGUUUUCACGUUAUCACCUCUAUACUCGUAGUCAUACGAAGCGCUGGUUUGGACCAUCCCACUCCAGUAUUACGGCUCGCUUGUAUGCUACAUCCUUUUACUGUUGGUAGCCCGAGUGGUAGCCAAGUAUUUAAGAAUGGGAUUCGUUGCUACAUUUUCACUCAUUUGUAUGGUUCCCGGGAGCUGGCACUUCUUUUGCUUCACUGGAGGUAUGUUGCUGGUAGACUGCAACCCACACCAAGAGUUCCCAACACCCAACCGACAAGACACAGUAUCCUCUGGGCACUUCUGUUCGGGGUUGCAUUCUACACUGCAGGCCUUCCAACAUUCUUCCUCAGUGACGCCCACCUCAGGCCAAUGCCAGGAUUCGAGACAAUCCGCUGGCUGACACGAUCGUCGCUACACAUGGGCAACCAAGCACGCUUCAUGUAGUCACUAUCCAGAGCCUCUCUUUUGCUCUCAAUCUCCCAGCUCCCAUGCCUGAAAGGGAUAUCCGAGACGGACUUCUGUCAAUACCUCGGCAAAAUCUCCUUUUGCCUCUACUUAAUAGAACUGUUCUGCACCGCUCUUUUUGGACUAAGAAUGCAGAAAUUCCCGAUCUAUCUCGUUUGGUGUUCAGGAAAGCGCGAAGACGUUUCCCUAUU